UCCAUACAACCGCUCAUUUGCUUUCAAAAAGCAUCAGCGACGAACACGGAAGCUGGUGACGCGCUAUUUCCAGUCACAAGCGAAACUUCAUCUCACUAAGGUAAGUGAAUAUUGUAUUGCUUCAAUGCACAGCACCGUAGCGGUGAUGGCGACCCUAUCGCUGCUGUUUGUGGCAGUUCUCUGCGCACCAAUGGAAUCUGAAGAGGAACAAUCAGAAAACUCAGUUGUAAUGCGUCCAGAGAGCGACUUCGGUAUACCUAGCACAUGGGAUGCCAUCGAUACAGCAGCCUUACGGAAACUGCUCCUACAACUUGACGCUGAGGAAAGAAUGAACCGCGUGAGCCGCUCGUGGCCUCAGAGCGAGCCUCGCUGGGGUCUGCGGUCAGUAGAGGGUCGGCUGGCGCGACCGUGGCGCGCAGACAAGAGACAAGUCCGCUUCCGCCAGUGCUACUUCAACCCAAUCUCAUGCUUCCGCAAGUGAACACUCCACGCCAUCGACACGACCGUCGUCCAUGACCACCUAGCAUAUUCCGAACGUCCGCCUCUAUAGAUGAAUCAAGAACAUUCUAAUGUAUAAUAAAUAGAAAUUAAAUUAAAAUAUUUGGGAACGAAUCAUUUGAAUUUCGAAGUGAGUUUUGUAAACUCAAAAAAGUUACUGGAAAAUUAUAUUAAUGUAAGUGUCUACUUUUUCGAAGUACAUUAGAAUGUUUUGUUGUUCUUUCAACAUUAGCAUUUAAAAAUUUCCUUAAAAUUUAUCUUUUGUUUUCAGAGAAACGGUUAUUUAAAUAUUGUAUAUCAAUUGUAA